UAUUUUUACUUAAUAUUAUUUUUUAAGUGAAGAGAACAGAGUCUUAUUCCAAUUUAAUCCCAACCCAAUCCAAACAAUGGAAUACAUUAUUUUAUCCUUAUCUCAUAUAUUAAUUCUACCUCCUUAUCUUACCUUUUUACCCCACUUAAUCCAUUCUUCUUACCAAACGCCCCGUACGAGUACAUCUAAAAUGACUCGGUAGCUGACUAGUCCGUAAUUGCAAAGUCGAUCAAGUAUUGUUUUUAUUUUUCCUUGGUAAAUCCUAAACAUCCUUGAGGCAUUUUUCUCCAUCGUCUUCCUUGUGUUUAUUUAGCGGUUUGACCGGGCAAAGCAUGGUCAAACAGCUGAUAAAUGGCCCCAAUCCGCUCAAGUUUCCCCAAAACUCUAUUCACCAGAGUCCAGAGCCCAUGGUCCAUAAGAAGAGCGAGAGAGACAACAGGUUCAAAGAAGAAGCAAUGUGGAACAUGAUUGGCUGGAAAAACUUAGGGACACUGUAUAUGAAGCUGAUGACCUGUUUGACGAGGUUGCCACUUUAGCUCGACGCAAAGAACUUAUCUCAGGCAAUCAAAUUGCCAAAGAGAUGAUGUAUGGAAUGAGAAUCGUCACAAGUGGCUUGAAUUAAGGAACUUAUUGAUUAAAGGGCAAAGAGGAAGUAGAAUUGUGGUGACUACACGUUCCAACAUGGUGGCUAGAAUCGUGGGAGGCGGUUCUACUUAUGAUCUAAAGGGACUCUCCGAGGAAGAUUCGUGGCAUUUAUUUGAGAAAAUGGCGUUUGAAAAAGAGGAUGACCGAAUGGAUACGGGCCUUGUUGAGAUUGGAAAAUUUAUCCUUAAAAAGUGCUGCAACGUUCCACUUGCCAUAAGAGUUGUUGGAAGUCUUCUUUAUGGUCAGGGAAAAUCCACAUGGCUGUCAUUUAGAGACUUAGACUUAAGAAAAAUAAAGCAAGAGGAUAACAAUGAUAUAUUGUCUAUACUGAAGCUGAGCUAUCAUCAUCUUGCCUUGUCAUUGAAGAGCUGCUUUAGUUAUUGUGCCUUGUUCCCCAAGGAAUAUAGGAUAGAAAAGGAUACUUUGAUUAGCUUGUGGAUAACAAACCAUUUCAUUGUACCCUUAGAUGGGCAAAGUGUUGAAGAAGCUGGAGAGGAACAUUUUAUGACCCUGUUACAAAGGUGCUUCUUUCAAGAUGUUGAAAGAGAUGAUGUUGGUGAGAUUGUAUCAUGCAAAGUCCAUGAUCUUAUGCAUGAAGUGGCUCAAGAAGUAGCAGAAACAGAAAUUAUAAAUUUUGUUGCUGGUCAAUUGAAGAAAAAUUAUCGGCAUCUAUCUUUAGGUCAUCUUGACAUGGGAAGCAUUCUGAGGUCUAUGGGUGAUCUGAAACGGCUACGUACUCUAUUUCUUUUGGGGCAUGUAAAAGGCUCUUUAGAAGUUUUUGACAGUGACACAAGAGAACUAUUUUCAAAGGAGAAAUACUUGCGUGUCUUGCGUUUAUGUCACAAGAGCAUUCGAACAUUGCCCAGCACAAUAGAUAAACUUAUUCAUUUGAGAUACCUUGACCUGUCGUAUAGUUACGAGCUGCAGUUUCUUCCUGAAACAGUUUGUGAACUAAUUAACAUGCAGACCUUAAAAUUAAAGAAGUGUUGGAGCUUAAAAGAGUUGCCGAAGAACCUGAGAAAAUUAGUGAAUCUAAGGCACUUAGAUCUUAAUGAUUGCUUCAAUUUGAGUCAUAUGCCACCAGGAAUGAGCAACUUAAUUUGCCUUCAAAGUCUAUCAAGGUUUGUUGUGUGUUUUGAUACUACUGCACCUGCAUGAAGAGGUAUGCUGGAAGACUUGGAAGUUCUUACAAACCUUAGAGGCAAUCUUCAAAUCGUGGUGAUAUCUACUGAUCCAGCUCAUGAUGAUGCUAAGCUUACUCAAGCCAAGUAUGUCAUCAGAGGAUUGGAAUAUCUCAAGGGUAUAAAGAUUAGUGGUGGAUCUGCAGCACUGUUAGAAGGCCUUCAGCCCCAUCCUAAUGUUAGAUGUUUAACAUUGAAACGGUACGAGGGGACGACAUUUCCAAAAUGGGAGUCAUCAGAGGACUUGAGGACAUCUCUUCCUGUCCUUGUUAAGCUCACCCUUUUUUCUUGUGAAAGGUUGCAGCAUAUCCCUUUGUUAUGUCGAUUGCGUCAUCUGACAAUCCUUGAACUUAACAGCUUAGAUAGUUUGGAAUACAUUGAAGAGAGUAGUGGUGGUGGUGAUAGUGGAGCCUUUUCUGCAUUAUCUAGACCGAGCACCACUUGGGCAGACAAUCAGUCAAUGUCAUUCUUUCCAUCCCUUAGAACCACUUUAUUUGAUAAAUUUGCCAGAGUUAAAAGGAUGGCAGCGCUGCUCUUCUGGAGACAUGGAUUUGCAAUUGAGCUAUGAUGAACAAAAUCGACCAUUUUUCUUACGCCCAGUACCAUAUCAAUUCCCUCGUCUCUCUCUUUUGGACAUCAAAAACUUCCAUUCCUCUCAGUACAAGCUUACAAAAGUUGAUUCUAUGCUCUAGUUCAGAUGAAUCAAAUUCAUUUUUGUCCUAUGGGACAGGGAUUUCACAACACCUGACCGUCGGAUUUGGAAAAAAUGAGAGUCUGACAAAUUUGUUUAUAGUAAGAGAGAUGUUUCAGAACCACCUAUUUCCCUCUCUUUGUAGCUUGGAAAUUCAGGGAUGGAGUAGACUGAAGAGCUUGUGUGGAGGAGGUUUGGAGCAUCUCAUCACCUUGCAGGAGCUCUACCUACAGGACCUUGAUGAAUUAGAAGAACUGGAUGAUCAUAUGCCUUGGAGAUCACUCACCAAUCUUCGUCACUUGGGUUGAAAAAUCUUCCAAAGCUACUGAGUCUACCUAAGGGAGUUCAACAGAUAACUUCUCUUCAAUCUCUUUCUAUAGAUGGAUGUAACCAAUUAGCAUCGUUGCCUGGAGCAUUGCACAACCUUGUCAUCCUUGACAUAAGAAAUUGCCAAGGCCUGAAAAGAUGCCAAGAGCCUGUUCAGAAGACUAGCUCAAGAUUCCACAUGUCCCCCAAUUUUCAUCUUUCAGUAAUUAUCAACUGGUUCACGUGCAGAAUUAUCACAUCUUUCAGUAAUUAUCAACUCCAGCGAAGAGCUUUGUUGAAGCGUUUGAAUCUGCAAGUCAGGAAUUCAGAGGAAGGAUAGAUAACUUCAUUCCUUGGUGGCCAGCUUUUCAGACAGGGGGAUGACCAAAGCAAACCAGUUCAACACUCAACAUGAAAUUAUUGUGUAUACAAGAAAGACCCUAGCAAGUCAGCUUUAACAUGAACACUCUUAUUCUUAACAAAUGGCUUCAUAUCAAUUUCACUUAGCACAAGUCCUCAAUGUACUCCUUAAGCCAUGCUCAUAUUUUCCAUUGAAGAGUAAUAAAUUUGGGGAUCUUUGCAUCAACGGCUACGUUGUGCGAUGAGCUAGUGAUAUUUAAAUAUUUUUUGGUGUUUAAAGAGCCACAAGGGCAGGGGUGAGAAUUGAUCCCAGGAUCUCUUGGAAUCGGGAGGGAAGCUCUAACCACUUGAGCUAUCCCUCACUCUCAGUGAUAUUUAAAUAUAAUUCGUAGUAGGUUUCUCUAUGGUAUUGUAGUUUGUCUUUUUGCGUAAUGGAGACAUCAUCAGUUUAUCACCAUUGAUAUUGAGCCAAUAAAAGAUGUUUGGUUGUAUAGAAUCACAUAGUUUAAAAUGUUUAGAUUUGUUAUUGACUUAAAAGUUCAUUAUGGUAGAAUUGCAUGAUUAGUUAUGGAAUUAAAGAAAGAAGUAAUUUGUUUAUGAGUAAGUGUAUAUAUUCAAUAUGAUAGAACUACUAGAACUAAUAUUAAAGGUCAAUGUUUUUACCUUUACACUGUUGGGAUUUACCUUGUACGUAGUAUUUUUAAUUUUACCCAAAAGGAUAUAUUGG